AACGGACCAUUUCUACCUGGAUAUUCAAUGUCAGAUAUGCAACUCUGCUCCUGGCCAGGGGCUCAAAUUGGUUUGGCCCUUCUGGCACUCCUGUGUCAUACUGUAAUUGCUGUGGAGAGACGCUAUUACAUUGCAGCGGUCAAUAUACAAUGGGACUACACAUCUGAUACAUCUGAUGUACAGCAAAGGGCUGGACCAACUUAUAAAAAAACAGUAUACAGAGAAUAUGAUGCAGGAUUUACAAAGGCUAAAACACAUCCCUCGUCCUCAGGACUACUUGGGCCAACAAUACGGGGACAAGAGGGUGACACGAUCGUUGUCACGUUCAAAAACAUGGCUGAUCAUCCGUGUAGCAUCCACCCACAUGGCAUUACUUAUGGGAAGCAGUCAGAGGGAUCGUUGUACUUUGACAACACUAUACUCUUGGAGAAAGAGGAUGAUGUCAUUUUACCUGGAAAAGAGCACACGUAUUAUUGGGAGGUAACAUCUGAGGUGACCCCUUUGGCUGCGGACCCACCAUGCAUCACCUACACAUACCUUUCCCAUGUUGACAUCGUCAAAGACUACAAUACAGGGUUGAUUGGUGCACUGCUGAUCUGCAAGAAAGGUGCCUUAGAUGACUCUGGAAAUCAGAUUAAUUUCCAUCAGGAGGCAGUGCUAUUGUUUGGUGUGUUUGAUGAAAACAUGAGCUUGAACAGCACUGACGGCCCUCCACAGGCACAGAAUAUUAAAUACACCAUCAAUGGCUAUACAAAUGGCUCCGUACCUGAUCUGAGCAUCUGUGCUCACUCUAAAGUCAGCUGGCACAUGCUGGGAAUGAGCUCUGAGCCUGAGCUCUUCUCUGUGCACUUCAAUGGGCAAGUUCUUCUCCAUUAUGAUCACAAAACCUCAGCCAUUGGCAUUAUUAGUGGCACUGCCACUAGUGCCAGUAUGACUGCGGUCUUUCCAGGCCGCUGGCUUUUCUCCUCUCACAUUAGCCGGCAUUUGGAAGCUGGUUUGCAUGGUUACCUGAAUAUUAGGACAUGUGAACAGUUCCCAGCACCUAAAAGAAGAUUAACCAUUCAACAAAAAGAAGAAAGCCAGGAGUGGACUUACUAUAUAGCAGCAGAAGAGGUCUUGUGGGAUUAUGCGCCAAAUAUGCCGGAAAACAUAGAUUGGAAUUUCCGAUCAAAAUAUUUAAAGCAGGGGCCUCAGCGGAUAGGUAAAAAAUACAAAAAGGCUGUGUUUACACACUAUAAAGAUGGCACGUUUAAAGAGAGAGCGGAGGAUAAGCAGAGAAAGAAGGAACUUGGCAUUCUGGGCCCAGUGAUAAGAGCCCAGAUCAGAGAUGUCAUAAAGAUUGUUUUUAAAAACAAGGCAUCACGUCCAUACAGCAUCUAUCCUCAUGGACUGACCAUAGAUAAAUCAGCAGAAGGAGCCAGUUAUCCUGCAGGAGGAAACCAGACGCAUGGCGUCCAGCCAGGAGAGACCUACACAUAUGUAUGGAAUGUGGGUGAAGAGGAUGAACCAACAGACAGUGACUCAAGAUGUCUGACCAGGAUGUAUCACAGUGCAGUGGACACUCCUCGAGAUAUCGCUUCUGGUCUUGUGGGUCCUCUGCUCAUAUGUAAAAGUCAGUCCCUCAACAAAAAAAACGUCCAGCUUAAAUCCGACAAGGAACAGCAUGCUAUGUUUACUGUUUUUGAUGAGAACAAGAGCUGGUACCAUGAUGAGAACAUCAACACAUACUGCAGUGACCCCAAAAAGGUCAAAAAAGAUGAUCCAGAGUUUUACAAAUCAAAUGUUAUGCACACCAUCAAUGGUUACGUGUAUGAAAGUGGCGCGGAACUGGGAUUUUGUCAUGGUGAAAUUGUAACCUGGCAUGUGUCCAGUGUUGGGGAGCAAGAUUAUAUCCAGACCACAACUUUUUAUGGCCAUAUAUUUGAGCUGAAAAACAGGGAAGAGGAUAUGCUCAGUCUAUUUCCCAUGACUGGAGAAACUAUCAGUAUGGAAAUGGUUAAUAUUGGCAUUUGGCUUUUAGCAUCACUGAACUCUCACGAUUCCACUAAAGGAAUGAGGGUGAAAUUCAAAGACCUUGAAUGCUUCAGAGAUUAUGUUAUGGAAGAGGAUUAUGACAAACAAGAAACAUUCACCGUAUUGAAACCUCAGCUCAACAUUGAAACUGUAAAAGAAAAACCCAAGCCAACCGUCCCUACUGAAGUUGACUUAGACACCGAAAUCUAUGCUGAUCUUUUGAAAUUGAGGACGUUUAGAAACACAAGUACAGAUAGUGAACUUCUAGACCUUUCUUUUCUUGAUCAUGAUGAUAGAAUCUUUUUGAGUACUGAAGAUGUAAAGAAUGAAAUGGACAAAUCUCACAAUGCUGACAAACCAGAAACAUUCACAGUUUUGAAACCUCAGCUCAACAAUGAAACUGUAAAAGAAAAACCCAACCCAACCAUCCCUACUGAGGCUGACAAGGAUACCGACAACUCUGCUGAUAUUUUGAACUUGAGGACGUUUAGAAACACAAGUACAGAUAGUGAACUUCUAGACCUUUCGUUUUUUGAUCAUGAUGAUAGUAUCUUUCUGAGAACUGAAGAUGUAAAGAAUGAAAUGGACAAAUCAUUCAUUGCUACUUUAGCAUCUUCUAAUCAGACUCGCGCUGAAAAUGUAUCAACCGAUGGGGCUGAUUUGGAAAAACAGCUUUUAAAUCAAAAUGUUAUGAAUGAAAUUACAGUAGAGGGAUCACUAAACAUCACCAGCACUUUUGAUUAUGAUUCAGAGAUCGUGGCCAACAAUAAAACAAACUCUGAAACACACUUUCCAGUUCGCAGUGCAUCAGUAGGGCCAGUUAACAAAACCGCAAGUAUCUCUACGAACGCCACAAAUUUUCUGAAAAAUUCUUCUAUUGGAAAUGUAUCUUUUCAUUACUAUGGAAAUUCAUCACUAGAAAUGAUGAAUGAAACAGACAGUGUCUUCGCUAAUACUACUCAUCUUUCAUUUAAUGGAAAAAAACUCACCCUAGAAGAACCAACAAAUGAACCACACAGUCUCUCUUCAAAUACAAGUGUAAACUUAUCUGCUCUAGAAAAUAUCUUCACGAAUUCAACAAAUUUUCUGGAUAGUGUUAGAAAUUCCUCUAUAGGGAAUCCAUCUUCCCAUUACUAUGGAAAUUCAUCUCUAGAGAUGAUGAAUGAAACAGACAGAGACCUUUCAUUUAAUGGAAGAAACUUCUCCCUGGAAGAACCAAUGAAUGAAACAAACAGUCUUUCUCUGAAUACAAGUGUUAACUCAUCUGUUCCAGUCGGUGACAGAAAUAUUCCUGUGGAGGAUGAUGGUAAAGAUUUGACUUCAACUGAAGAAAUGCAUCUGUUAUCAAACCAAACCUUAGAAUAUGAUGUGCCAAACAAAACAGACUUGCAAAAUGAGCAAUCCUCUCUAAACAGCACAAGUACUGUGGAUGAUAACAGUGAAAUUUCAAGUCACUCCUUCAUUUACAGUGUGUCCAGCUCUGACUCUCUCUACAACAGAUCAGAACCACAAGAGGAGGAGGAUUUUGUGCUAUUAGACGGUGAGCACCUCUUAAAAAUUUCAAAGGAUGAAAAGACUUUUGAUGUCUUACCAACAGUACUUCCCAAGAACACCACACAAGACUUUUCAGAGAGCACAGAUGAUCCGUUUACAAACACAACAGGGAUGAGCAUUCAAGAGCUCAAUGGCACACGGUGGAAUUACACUACACCCUACCUAAAUUUUUCAGCACCGUCUACAAACAGCACCAUCAUCUCAAACACAACUUUAUCAUACAGUAAUGAUACAUUUGAAAUUCUAAAUAAUGUAUCCCCGCUUUUCCACUCAAACAGUACGGAGAAUAUCUCCGUCUCCCUUGGGUAUUCCAAUGUUUCAUCCACGAUGAACAGCUCCGAAGAUAGUCUGGAAGAAGUUGCCAUCUAUCUGAAGAACAACCACAGUGAGGUCAUACUCACAUCUCCUCUCAACUCAAAGGAAGAGCACUGGGGUUAUGAAGGCACACAUGAACUGGUUCAAAUGGAAAUGCCGGAUGAAAUGAAGAAAUACAUCACAGACCAACCAGCAGCAAAAAUAAACAAUCCUAAAAAGAAGAAGGUUGUUCACCACAGGGUGAAGCCCAGAAAAGGGCACGCCAUAAAGACGAAAAAGAGGAAAGAGUAUAAGCCACAGCCACCCUCUAAUGUGUCUCCAAUGGGUCUAUCUCCUCGAGGUUUCGCACCUGCUGGGUUAACACCAAGAGGAAUCAGGCCUGUUUCUAGUGAGGAGGAACUAGGGAACAAGGCCAUUGUAAUAGGAGUGCCAAGAAAGGAUUUCAAAGAUUAUGACUUAUAUGUUCCAAACCAAGUGGAGGACUUUGAAGAUUUUCUUCAUAAGCCAGAAGAAUAUGAAUUUGUGGAGUACAAAGAUCCUUAUAGCGCAGCGGUAGAUGUUCAAAGUAUGGAAUUUGAUGCAACAUCUCAAAAUUUCUUAAAGAAGGCUGAGGACAAAAACACAAGAACGUACUUCAUCACAGCAGAGGAGGAGGAAUGGGAUUAUGCUGGUUUUGGGCAAAAGAGGGUUGAUAAGCCACCUACAAACGAGAGGCAAACAGCUUUUAAAAAAGUGGUGUUUAGGAAGUACUUGGACAGCACCUUUAGCAUCCGAGACAUCCGGGGAGAAAUGGAUGAACAUCUGGGUAUUCUGGGCCCGGUUAUUAAAGCCGAAGUUGACCAGACGAUCAUGAUAUUUUUCAGGAACCGUGCCAGUCGUCCAUACUCUCUGCAUCCAAACGGAGUACACUACUUAAAGCAGAUGGAAGGUCUGAGUUAUGAAGAUCAAUCGCCUUAUUGGUACAAGCAGGACGAUGCUGUUCAACCCAAUAGCUCUCAUGUCUACAUAUGGACUGUAAAUUCCAAAUCUGGACCACAAAACAAUAAGUCUGACUGUCGAACAUGGACAUACUACUCUGGAGUAAACCCUGAGAGAGAUAUAAACUCUGGGCUAAUUGGGCCGCUUCUGGUCUGUAGGAAGGGAACACUGGCUGAACUGGCUAUGGACAGAAGAGAGUUUGUUCUACUCUUUAUGACUUUUGAUGAGAAUAAAAGCUGGUACUAUGAGGAAAACUGGGCGAGAAUUGAGAGGAAAAACAGAAGAGCAGUAUUGGAUCCAAAUUUCCAUGAAAGUUUGAAAUUUGACGCCAUCAAUGGUAUUAUCUACAGCCUGAAAGGACUUCGAAUGUACACAAACCAAUUAGCCAAUUGGCACCUGAUCAACAUGGGCUCUCCAAAAGAUCUUCAUAGUGUCCAUUUUCAUGGUCAAACAUUCAUAAAUAAGAACGUAAAGGACCACCGCCAGGGUGUUUACCCACUUUUACCAGGUGGAUUUGCUACACUGGAGAUGUUGCCUUCAAAGCCUGGCCUAUGGCUGCUGGAGUCUGAGGUUGGACUCUCCCAGCAAAGAGGAAUGCAGACCCUCUUUCUCGUGUUAGAUAACGUUUGUGACCACCCACUCGGUCUCAUCUCUGGGACUGUGAAAGAUGAACACAUUACAGCAUCUGACUCUAGAGGACACUGGCUUCCUCAUCUGGCCAGACUACAUAACACAGGGAAGUACAAUGCAUGGAGUACAACACAGACAGGACAGUAUAUUCAGGUGGACUUCCAGAGGCCGGUGGUGAUUAGUAAAGUUUCCACGCAGGGAGCCAAGCAAUUAGGAACCCAUAAUUUUGUGCUUAACUACACCAUUUCCUACAGCACAGACAAAAGGAAGUGGAUCUUCUAUAAGGGAGACAGUGAUGCUAUCCGAAAGAAUUUCGAAGGGAACAGGGACGCUUAUGAGGUAAAGGAGAACAUAUUUUUCCCACCUUUGAUUGGUCGAUAUGUGAGGCUGCAUCCUUUACAGUCUUACAACUAUCCAACUGUUCGUUUGGAGUACUUCGGAUGUGAGCUUGAUGGUUGCUCUGUGCCAUUGGGAAUGCAAAGUGGCGAUAUUACCGAUAAUCAGAUCACUGCCAGUACUGUGGCAUUCAAUUGGUACACCAAACAUUGGCAUCCUUGGUAUGCACGCUUAAAUAAACAAGGAACUACCAAUGCUUGGCAAGCCAAGAACAAUGACAUGCAGCAGUGGAUCCAGGUGGAAUUUCCAAUUGCGAAGAAGAUAACUGGCAUUAUUACACAAGGGGCCAAAUCAUUAUAUACGGAGAUGUUUGUGACAACAUUUGCUCUUGAGUACAGUGAUGAUGGGAAGAAAUGGAUGAAGUAUACUGAUGAUAAGAAGUAUGCGCAAAAGGUUUUUCAAGCCAACACGGAUAACAAUAGUCAAGUAAAGAACUUCAUCUACCCACCGAUAUUUUCCAGAUUCAUCCGUGUUGUUCCAAUACGAUGGCAGAGCAGCAUCACUAUGAGGAUUGAGCUGCUUGGUUGUGAUUUUUGAAUAAAAACUAUGCCCUCUUUCACUGAAAUGACAAUAUAUUGUGUAGAAUUAAAUAUGUAUAAAAGUGGGACGGGCGAACGUAUAACUGUCCUUACAGGUUAAAUGUUUUUGUUUUACAUGGAGAAAAAUCAUAUCUAUAUAUAGUGUACGUGCGCCACCUAGUGCUGGCAAAAUGUCUACAUGCUCAGAUUUGGUCAGUCAGGAUUUACAGCGAAAUCCUUUUUGCUCACGUUAUGCAAAAAAGAAAUCUUUAUAUAAAUAAAUUCAAAUAUGUGUUAAAUAUGUCAAAUGUUGAA